CGGGGAACCGAGCUAGCUCGUUAGUUGAGAGGUUGGCUGCGCGGAGCGGAUCUCGGAUUUCUCUUGUGGUCGUAUUUGAUUCCUCCUUUGAGGUUCCAUAUCAGCUGUGCUUUUGACAUGGAUGAAGACGCGUGUGACCUGGCUCUACUUACUGAGCUGCUGGAGGAAAACGAAUCCGCUUUAGAAUGUAACUCAGGGCAGAGUGGCUUCUUGACAGAGAAAGCCAGAGAACCCGAUGAAUUUGAUGACCUCUUUGAUGCCGAUAGUGACAGUGCAUCUUACAAAGAAGAGAUUGAUGAGCUUGUGGAGGAGGAAUAUGAAGACCAAAAAGAAAAUGUGGCCACUCUCUUUGGAGAUGUCAAUGACCUGACAGAUGAGGAGAAUGAAGAAGCCCAGGAUGCAGCCCAAUCACUACAAUUAAGUCCUGUCCCUCCCCCAGCUCCCAGUCAAGAGAAAAUUCAACAGGAGUUGCAAGAUGAAUUAAAGAAAUUACAAGAGCAGAUGAAGACAUUACAGGAACGGCUAAAAAUGACUACAAUUGGGAAGUCUACAAGCCCAGAGCCUUCACAAAAAUCCUCUGGUAAGCUUUCACUCCUCCCCCUUAAGGAGAGGAAAGUUCAGAAGAUUCAGGAGUCAUCUUUUUUUUCUGCCCAGCUUGACAUCCCUACUGUACCAAAACCCAAGCAAGUAGCCCAGAAGUCAAAGGUUUUACCUGCAGAGCACAAGAGUCCUCUUUCAGGAUCAUUACCAAAUUCAUAUUCCCAGCCCCUCAGAUCUACUCCUGGAAACAAGCCUAGUGGAAGGACUGGAACCUCGAAUUUAGGGACAUCUGGAACUUCACAUGGAACUGCUCAGACUGUUUCAGUGGAAAAAUUUACUGGACUCCGGUUAAGGCGGCCUCGAGUGUCCUCCACAGAAAUGGACAGAAAGAUGACUGGCCGGAAACUGAUCAGACUGUCUCAGCUCAAGAGCAAGUUGGCGAGUGAGAAAUUGGAAGAAAUAGACUGGGUGACAUUUGGGGUCAUAAUGAAGAAAGUCACGCCUCAGAGUUCAAACAAUGGAAAAACCUUUAGUAUCUGGAAACUGAAUGAUCUGCGUGACCUAAACCAAAAUGUCUCAUUGUUUUUGUUUGGAGAAGUCCACAAAGAACACUGGAAGACUGAGCAAGGCACUGUCAUAGGACUGCUUAAUGCCAAUCCCAUGAAGCCAAAGGAAGGUUCAGAUGAAGUAUGUUUGUCUAUUGAUCAUGCCCAGAAGAUCUUAAUUAUGGGUGAAGCUCUUGACCUGGGAACCUGCAAAGCAAAGAAAAAGAAUGGAGAGUCAUGUACACAGAUUGUCAAUCUGAAUGACUGUGAGUACUGUCAAUAUCAUAUACAGUCUCAGUAUAAGAAACUCAGUGCCAAGCGAGCAGAUUUGCAGUCUUCCUUCUCUGGAGGCAAAGUGCCAAAGAAAUUUGCCCGCAAAGGCUCCAGCCUGAAAGAAAGACUGUGUCGGGAUGGCUUUUACUAUGGAGGAGUCUCUUCUGAGUCAUAUGCAGCCUCAGUUGCCUCCACCACUGCUCCUAAGAAGACUAUUCAGACUACUCUGACCAACUUGGUUUUAAGAGGCACAGAUGCAAUUGUCCAAGAAACACGACAGAAAUUAGGACUCCCACAGAAGACUCAGUCAUGUUCUGAGGAAUUUAAACAAUUAAUGGAUUUGCCUACAGUUGGAGCAAGAAACCUAAAAAAACAUUUGGCCAAAUCCAAAUCACCAGGACCUCUGGGAAACCCUUGUCCUCCCAUCCAAUCCAUCCCUGCAUCAGCUUUGCUGAAACAACAGAAACAACAUAUGUUAGAAAUAAGGAAAAAGAGAACCGAAGAAAUACAGAAGCGAUUCCUUGAAAGUACAGCUGGAGUCAAAAGACCAGCUUCACAUUCCUCUUCAGAGAAGUCCCCUUUGCAGUCUUCAAGGCCAGGGGCAGAAUUUCCCAAGGUGAAAAGAACCCUCAGUCCGCAGACCCCAAAGCUUGGACGAGGAUUCUCAGAAGGAGAUGAUAUUCUCUUCUUUGAUGACUCCCCCCAACCAGGACCAAAGCUAAGUGCUUUUGCAGAAACUAAGAAGUUAACAGCUAUUGCCAAAUUGAGAGCCAAAGGCCAGGUCCUUACAAAAGCAGAUCCAAACUGUAUUAAACGGAAGCAGUGUGACCUUCAGAGCGUAACAGAGCGUGUAGAGAAAAGCACCUCAUCACCGCCAGCUGAAGAUGACCUAGAACCUGUGCAAAAGAAGCGUCGAGAACAGCUGGCCUACCUAGAGUCUGAGGAGUUCCAGAAAAUUCUCAAAGCUAGAUCCAAGCACACUGAGGUGCUGAAGGAGGCGGAAGCAGACCUACAGGAACACUAUUUUGAACCUCUGGUGAAAAAAGAACAAAUGGAAGAAAAAAUGAAAAGUAUUAGGGAAAUGAAAUGCCGAGUGGUAACGUGCAAAACGUGCAACUAUACCCAUUUCAAGCUCUUGGAGACCUGUGCCAGUGAGAACCAUGACUACCACUGGCAUGAUGGUGUGAAGCGGUUUUUCAAGUGUCCCUGUGGAAAUAGAACCAUAUCUCUUUACAGGCUACCUCAGAAGCACUGCAGUAAUUGUGGCCUCUUCAAAUGGGAAAGGGAUGGAAUGCUAAAAGAGAAGACUGGGCCAAAAAUUGGUGGAGAGACCCUGUUACCAAGAGGAGAAGAACAUUCCAGAUUUUUGAAUAGCCUUAAAUAGCCCUGUCUUCAGUAGUUAACAUACCACUUACCUCUCUUCUUGUGUCUCCAGAAAAACAACCUAUUGGUUCAGUAUUGACCAUAAAUGGAUACUUCUACAAAAGCAGGUUAAGCCAAAAAGAAACACCUGCUUGGUUGCUUUCACUGGAUUGGUCUGAGUGCUGAUAUUGACAUUUAAAAUAAGAGAUGAAGACAGAGGAAUUUCCUGUUUUUUUCCUAGGGACUGACACUUAAAUAAGUGGGUUCAGAGAAGGCACGCUUCCCAACCUGCACAUGCAGUUAAAGCCAAGCUAUCUGUCUUCUCUCAUACAGGAUAAGAUGUUACAUAUCAGGAUAAGAAGGCCUGCUUAGUACUCAUUGAACACCCAGUGGUGAACUAAACAGAUCCAUACCUCUCUCUGGCCCAGACAGGUUUUUUCUUACAUUCAAAGUGGAAGACAGGUGGUUGGUUUCUCUUCCUCUCAUCUCUGUUUUGAUUUGUGACCUUGAUCUAGUCUUUGAACUUCUUUAUUUCUCAUUCUCUGCACAAUAGUCCUGAGAAUACCAGCCUCUUCCCUCUCCGUGACUCUCAGUGAAUGAAUGGUUGAAAAAACCUUUUAAAUGCUUACUGUGUGCAAAAAAAACACUGAAGUGGUUUUGAUUCAGUGAACAGUACACUUUAUAUGGCUUAUAGGACCUUGCUACAGAAAGAGAUUGUUUUGUUUUUUUCUUCAAAAGGAAAAAGGUCAAUGAAAUUUAAGAACCUCAGUACAAAUUCUGAGGAAUUGUUCAAUAUGACUACUGAAAGCAUAUAACUCAUUGCCUGUAGAAACCUGUUAUUCAGGAUUAAAACAAGAGGGAGCAACUGUACAUCUAGGGAUGGGGGCCUUGAGCUCUAAGAUUCUGGAAAACAAAUUCAGGUCCUUCCUUCACAUCUACCAAACCUCUAAUUUGUAUAGUAGUAAGUGGGUGCUUUGUUUCUCUCGAAGUUACAUACCUCAACAACUGCACUUUCUGGAGUCUCACAUCUUCAAGAAGGUGUUUUUAUUGUCUACUAAUGAAGAAGACUAAUCAUUUAUCUCAGCUCACUGAGCCAGAAAACACUUGGCAAACACCAAAGUAUUUGUAAUGGCUCAUUUCAAGUGAAUGUGCUAUUCUAGUUACUGGAUUACAGCAUCUGAGUCCUUGAAAGCAUUUUGUAAGCUCUUCCUUCACAACCUGAACACAAAUAGCCUUUUUGGAAGAUCCACCUGGCCUUUAGGAACACUCUGUUGCUGCACAGCAGACCUGUUUUUCACUUGAACAAAAUGAGGGACCAAACGGACUGGAGAGAGCUCCGUAUUGUUACCUGGGGGGUAGAAAGACUCAUAGUGCUGGCCUUUGAUCUUAGUGGCUAAUUGAUGGCCUUAGCUAUUGAUCGAGGCUGGUGGAAUUGAUUUUGGGAUCCACUGUUUACGCUGUAUGAAUAUUCAUACAGUAGUAAUAAGAAGCUUACUUCUCACUACAAGAGCAAACCACACAACUGCUUUAACCUUGUUCUCUGCAAAGUGUAUUAAAUGUUUCCUUCACUACUAUAAUAAACGUGUCCUUUUCUUAA